AUGGAUCUCUUCCCCAAGCAUUUGAAUGAACUUUCCGAUGUUGCUCGGCCAAAGCGGUUGCAGGCGUACACCAAACUCCUUGAUCUGUGUUCAGACGGCAAGCUAACAGAAGGAAAAGAGUUCGAUUUGCUCCGUAGUUGCCUUCGGGGGUUUGAGGACAGUGCUGAGAGGUGUCGUGAGUACGCCAUUCAAAUUGUAUCGUCUAUUCUUGUGAGGCAGCCGCCGUCUGUCCUCGACUGGGUUUUGCCGGCAGUGGUAACGCGAAUAGGUGUUUCGCCCGUUGCGGAGGAAAGUGAGGAACUGCGACUUCUAUUAUUGAGGCUUGCGGUGCUUUGCAUGGAAACUUUCCCCCAUGAAAUCGGGCCUCGGAACUAUAUCGAUUUUUUGCAGGUACUGCUUGAAAAUUGUCUGCGAGACGCCUACCCUGAUCUAAAGAAGGAGGCUUGUCGCGCCUGUGUACGGCUCUGCGAAAUUGAGCCUGUACAAGUGAAGCACGUGUCCCUUCCCUUGGCAAAAGUCGUAAAAAACUGUCUACUACACAAACACAGUGUGGUUCGGGCAGAGGCUGCGCGGACACUGGCGUCACUCAUACAACGAGGAGCCGUGGAGAUCCUUGCCGACGGCAAGGAUGAACCCGCAAACCGGACAACUGCGUACACAUUGUUUGUUUUGGCGAAUGAUCAUGCUGAGGUUGUGCGGUCGGCCCUCGUAGACCUUCUUUCCAUGUCGCUUUUGGACAUACAGGAACGUCAAGAUCAGCACCGAAGGCUACUUCCCCAUCUGUUACUUCUUGUGACUGAUCACUUUCCUGCUGUCUCAGAGAAAGCACUCCAGGUACUAGAAAAUAUGGGAAAACAGUACCUUCUCGAUAACGAAGACAACACCAUCGAUAUAACGAAGAGAAGGGUUACCAUGAAGGAUAUUGAAUGGUAUGGAGAUGAGGAGUAUCCUGACAUGUCACUAACUACAGUUGAUACAAGUCUUUAUCCUGUUCUUCGACGCCGACCAUCUUUGGGCGCCCGUUAUGUGGUUGCUGAGUCGUUACGUGGUUUUAUAGAGACUGUUUUUGCAGAUGUCUGCGCGAUAGAUUGGGUCGUUCCAUUUUCUUCCAACAACAGACGCGUUGUUGCGUUACGCAUAUUGUGGAUGUCUAUUUACCACACUGAGAAAUCUGUCGUACAGUUCGUGGAGCAAAUUUUGGGUGUGUUGUACAAGUCUCUAAGGGACAGUCAGGACGUUGUCCAAGAAUCUCUUAUCUGCUUGGAAAUUUUGGGGAAGUUCCUCACACCGGAUCAGUAUUUACCGUUUUUGACUUCGAAGGAAGCACCGAAAGAAUCUGAGGCAUCACAGCCUACUGUCAUUCAGUCACGCUCGAAGACUGUUGUCAUUUCAUCAGCAAACGGUGAGGCAACCAACUCCCCCACGCUUUUUUCGACCGCUGCUGCGUCGGUUAAGUGCAGCAUUUUGGUUGCAUUUCGGUAUCUUAUAGAAGGUUCGAAAUCGCUGCUGUCAGCGACGAAUGCCACACAUAUCGUAAGUGCAAUGACGAAAAGUGACGUAUUGGAAAGCGAUUCUGAAGCUCUACUGUGUUCUCUCUUGGAUACUCUCGAUGUGGUUAUAAAGGUUCUGGGGGAGCGUGAUUUUGUCGCCACACCAGAUAACCCACUACCCCAGGAAGUUCGCGACGAUGUAAAUCAACGGACGCUUGACUCAGUGUUGCUGUAUGCUUUCCUUUGCCUACGAUCUUCCAGUUUUCCUUCCGUGCAGGAACGUGUCUCGAAAUGCACUGCGCACCUAUCCACUGUCGUUACGGGGCAGCCGGGAGCUAUUUAUGACUUACACUUUAAAAGAAUUUUAUCCCGCUACGGAACUCGAAUGCCUGUUAGUGCGUUCUCCGACCUUGUGCUGAGUUCGAGCAAUAUCGGUAUGUACGGCGAGCAGCUGUCUAAUAUAUUUUUACUGAAACUAAGUGACAUUGACUUCACACAACGCGUCACUGACUGUUUGCAGUAUAUGCGUAUGCUGGAGGAACUUCUCUGGCGGAAAGUGCCAGUGUUUUCAGGGCGUCAGUUGGAGGAGGUGCUUCGAGUCGUUAUUUUACCUCUAGGGGCCUUCCGUCCUGGUGGUCAGGCACAUCUGUUUCGAAAGGUUGCCGUAAGCUCCCAGUGUGCUCUGCUGCAGGAGUGGCACCGCAAAUUGCUGGAGCCUUCGUUGUGUGACAAUGCCUUUGCUCUCUCUUCAAAGGUUGUGACCAACUGGUGCAAUGCAUCGGAUGCGGAUGACCCCGAAAUGAGGCUGAUGUGCAUGGUCAAUGUACCGAACCUUUCUUAUUUACCGAUUAAUGCGGGGUCCGCUAGCGACAUAUUGCAGUCAAUUAUCCUGCGGUUCGAUGAUUCCAAUGACAUGAUACGUGCAAAAGCUGCGUCGGGAUUGUUAGCCAUUUUAGAAAAUAAGAAUGAAGUCUGCCCGAUUGUUAUAGACGAGAUAUUAUCACAGGCCACUCCAUUACUCAAGAAGCUGUUGAUACACCUAGAUGAUCAUGACGAGACUGUGGGACUGAAGCCCAUCCUUGUGGGUGUGCUCAAGGAAACUGCUAUUUUGGCGCCCUCUGUGACAAAAGAUUUGGUCAUGGACGCGAUGGCGAAACAUCAGGUUCCUGAUUAUUGCCAAGAAGUUCUGCUCUUUAUAGAGUCACUUUAA